AUGCAAGAACAAGUCGACCGCUUAGUCGAAAAGACAUGGGAGAUGUUUCAAGGAGUCAGUGGCUCAAGGCGACUGUUGGUAGCUGUGUCUGGCAUUCCCGGUUCAGGCAAGACCACACUUGCAGCCAAAGUCUCCAACGGCCUUAACAAAAAGCACGCGCAAUACUCACCGGGAACAUACAAUGGCAACCCAGUCGCCGCAUUUAUACCCAUGGAUGGCUACCAUCUGUCACGUGCGCAACUCGAUGCCAUGCCUGAUCCUCAAAAUGCACAUGCUCGGAGAGGAGCAGCUUUCACGUUCGAUGCCGACCACUUCCUCGCACUGGUGAAGAAGCUGCGGGAGCCAAUACUGCCAGAAACACGAACGUUGUACGCACCGAGCUUCGACCACGCGAAGAAGGACCCCGUGGCGGACGAUAUUCCCAUCGCACCUUCAGUGCGCAUAGUUAUCUUCGAAGGCAACUACUGCUCGUUGAACCAUGGCCCUUGGAAAGAGGCUGCAGAUCUCAUGGAUGAACUUUGGUUCGUCGAUGUUGAUUUCCAAGUUGCGCGGAAGCGUUUGAUUCACAGGCAUGUGAAAGCGGGCAUUGCGCAGAAUGAAGAAGAGGCAGCUAGAAGAGCCGACGAGAACGACCUGGUGAACGGGAAAGAGAUUAUGGAUUCGAGGCUGGACGUCCAUGAAUUGGUCAAGAGCAAAGAGGAUCCCGAAUGGGCACCGGAGUAUCAAGGCGUAGGCGGCAGCAAAGACUAA